CUGAAAACUGCGACAAAUUUUGUUCUUGCCAACUUUUCAGGUAAUGUUCGUUCCCAUCGUGGUGCCAAUAGCCAACGACACGUUCUAGCCGGUGCUUACUAUACGCCCAUUCCUCCUCGGUACCGCGAGACCGUACGUCAGCACCGACCCCACCACCUGUCAUUGAGCAGCUCUGAAGGGGAGGAGCUGGAGCUGGAGUGUGAAGAUGAGCAGGAGGAUGAAGUGGAUGGCGGAGAGGGCAGGGGAAAAGAAGUACGUGUGGAGGAAGCAGAUUUGUGUGGGACGGAGCUGGAGGAGUUUGUAAACGAGGCAAAGCUGGAGGCAGAACUACCACGACGGCGUAGACUGGGCAUUGGCUCGAGUCCCGGCAUCCCGAGCUGUGGACACGCAGAACUGGUGAUGCGGCGGAGCACGCGUCACGCCGAUCUUUCCUACUACGAUGCUCUGCCACCAGCACACGGUAACGUGACUGAUGACGAGGAUCCAGCCAGCCAGUUUCUUAUCAGUGUUAACCCUCCGCCCUCGAGACGCUAUCCGGUUGCCGGAGGGAUGCGGUCUCGGCCAUACGUUGCUGAUGCCACUGCCUGGGCUGGCAACUACCCACUCAGUUCCGGUCGGCCAGACGACUUUCUCGCAUUGGAGCUGGAGACCAUGUCGGACAGAGGUAGGCUUUGUGUGACUCGACUGUUCAGUUCGAAAGAAGCGUUGACUGAAAAGAAUUCGUGA